UUUGUGUCACAUUUGUUUCGAUUUCGUCAUUACACAUCGUUAGUCCCAAGCACUUUUCGAAGAUAUCUGUCAGAAUACAUAGAUAUAUAGAUAUAUAAAUCUUAUCAUAUAUAUAAUAUAUGAAUAUAUAUGUAGGGAGAAAAGUAAUAGGAGUCACGGAAAAAAAUUCAAGACAGACUAGACUAAUGGGAAGUUUUCAAAAAAAUACAGAUUAAACAGAGACAAAACAGAGACUGAAACGAAUACAGGCCAACAAUUUGAACAAAAACGCAACGGACCAGGACACCCACACACAGGACACACCACUGGACGGGCCAUGGCAUCAUCAUCAUCACCAUCAUCAUCAUCAUCAUCAUCAUCAUCAUCAGCAGCAGCAGCAUCAUCAUCAGGAUCCUCCUCUUCAUCCUCCAAUAAUAAUAACAACAAUGAGAAUAAUAAUAAUAAUAAUACCAACAACAAUGAUGAAAUACAGACCGAUUUGAUGAAUCUCAAUCCUCAGGACACGAUCGAGGAGAUCGAAAGGAGCCUGUUGCCGGUAAUGAAUCGACUUCUGUUGCGUCAGGAGGAGGAGGCGCGAAUGCGAGCCUUCCAGCUGGCCGCUUUACAGCACCAGGAUCCGCCGAUAGUCGCCAAUCCGGAGCGGUAUAUGCGCCAUGUCCUGGGCAGUCGACGCCGCCCUGUCCAGCGGAAUGACGGUGAGGCUGGGGACGUCGGCGAUGUCGGGGAUUUCAAUCACGGCUUCGCCUUCGGCAUGGGCAUGGGCAUGGGCGUCGGCCUUGGUCUGGGACUGGGGGAGCCGCACGUGAUGAGUGUGGCGCGACACGGCGGCGGAGAUGCCGAACUGGUGAUCCAUCCCCGGGUGCCGGGACUCAUUGGCUUUGCCCAGUAUCGCGGUGCCGGAGAUGGCAAUCGGGACUUGUUGAACUUGAACGAUGUGAUGCCAUUGAACCAGCAGCGGUACAUACAGUUUGGUCAUCUGGGCGCUGGACGAGCCGAAGGUGGCGGGGUAGGUGGCGGAGGACCGGGCGAAGGCGCUGGCGCUGGCGCUGGCGAGGGAGUGGUGGCUGCAACUGGGCCGAGACAAGGUCCUGGAGCGGCACUUGGACUGGGACCACGCCUACGAAUCGGAAUCAGACUGAGAGGUGGAGCGGCAGCGGCGGCGGCGGCGGCAGCGGCAGCCGGAGUUCCAAUUGAAGAAUUCGGUGCGGGAGGUGAGGCCGGAGGAGCCAUAGCACCUAGAGAAGGACCUGCCGCCAGAGAUGAAGGACUACCGGCGGUUCAUGGCCUCCACAGAGGAGCCGGAGUACUGAGAGCUCUUAGAAUGCCAGAAACUGGAGGAAGAGGUGUACCAGAGGCAAGAGUGUCUGGACAGGCGGUGAGGGGACUUCCCGCAGAAGGACAUCCGGAGGGGGGAGUACCCACCUCCAUAAGCAAUAUAUUGGGCACUUCCACGGCGCCACCACUGCCCCAGAGGCGGUGCGGGGAAAAUGGACGAGUGCGUGCCCCGGCACGUGUCAGAUCCCGGGCCGAGGGGGAGAGAUCCUUCUAUGGACUGGGCGACGAAAGGACUCGUGACGAAUACGGUCCAGCCGCGUUGAACAGCAUUUUCGGCGAGGAGGGAAUACCAGUUCCGAGAUCCCGAGCCGAAGUGGGAAGAUUCGCGUUCGGAAGAGCUCGUUCUGACCUGAGACCACCUCCGUUCGGAGGAAGCUACGCGGACAUGGGCUCCCGGUCGCUGGGAGGUAACUAUGCUGCUGUGGAGACACCCUUUAUAGAGGGGAGUUUCGGCGAAGUGGGCACAUCCUCGGCCAUGGUCCGGGGACCAUCUCUGAGAAGAACUCUGACCGAAAUGGGAACACCCUCGAGGGAAAGCGCCUCUGCGGAAGUGGGCACACCCUCAGUCAUAGCGAGGGGAUCUUCCUCUCUCGGAAGCACCGUAGAGGAGGCAGGACUUGGUGGCGAUGUGCCUGCUAGAGAAGUACCAGAAGUGGGAGUAGUCCCCCCUGUGCCCUUUCUUGAUCCAACAUCGGCAGUUGCGGCGCCGCCAGUGGCGCCCCCACGGGUAGACGUGCCCCCAUCCGGAGCAGCUUCUUCGGGACUGGCCACCGUGGUCGUCAACAACGGAGCUGGAGAUCGUGCUGUGACUUUGGAGACGGAAACGCCAAUAGACGGGCCACCUCAAGCCGGCCAGGACAAUGCCGUGGCCGUCAUCGAGAAUAAUGCGGAAGUGCCAGAGCCCCGACGACGUGCCGAGCGGGAUCGGAAUGUCCGGAACAUACUGCGGCUGUGCGACUUCAUCCAGCAGCAGCUGGCCACGAUUGCCGAGCAGAUCGACUCCUACGAGCAGAAGCUGACGCUCCACUGGUCCUCCCGGGAGCCCGACGGCGAUGCCCUCUAGGAUCCGUCCCAGCACCCCGCUCCCCUCCCCGACAUCCAAGAAGACGGAAAGCUACACCUCCACUCCCCUCCAAGAACAAAAAAAUGCCAAAGCCUGGAGCCAAAAAAAGCAGUUUUAACAAAAAAUAAAAUACGAAAAUCCGAAAGGUAAGCCAGAAGUUUAAAAAAUUAAGAAAAAAAAACAAAUAUUUAAAAAAAAGAGGGUAAGAAGCUGCAGAGAAAGAUAAUGAUUUGGAUUUAACAAAAUUUUAGAGCUUGGUAUUAAACUUAAAAAAAAAAUAAGCCAAAAAAUAGCUACUUUUGAAAAUUAAAAAAUCUUUAAUAUUUUGAACUGAAACUGGAAGAGAAAAGCACAAAUGAGAGAUCUAAAAAAAAACCAAAAUUAGAGAUUAUAUAUAUAAUUUUAAUAUUUAAAAUUUCAAAAUCAAAAGUUACAAGUUUUCUCAAAUUAUUGGAAGAAAAGAAAAUCCAAAAAAACAAGCCUGCAAAAAUCCAAAAUUGGCUUUUUCAAAACAUAAAACGAAAAAAAUAUUUAAAAAAAAAUGGAAGAAAUAAGAGCUCGACAAAAUUUUAAGUUUGUUUUAAGGAAUUUCAAACUUUGAGAAUCAAGAAGAGAUUUGCAAAAUUUUCAAUUCAAAAGUGCCCUCGAAAAUGCUGUUUUGGAAAAAAUCAAAGAAGCUGGAAACCUGGAAAAAUUACAAAAAGAACUGCUCUUUUGGAAGAAUUUUUAAAAAAGUUCCGGUAUACAAUAUAUUAUAUAUAUAUUAUAUGAUAUAUAUAGAAAGAAGAAAUCCUCCACUAUCCCAGUCCACCUGAAGAACAAAAAAAAAACUAAAAAUAGAAGGAAAAAAAAAAGGAAAAAUAAUCGACCAUCGACCAUUUAAUCAUCAGUAUUUCACUAAUUGUUGGCGUGUUUUUGACAAAAAAUUAUUAUCGUAUUGCGGCAUAUGUCGGGGCAAGAAAGAUAUAUAUAUAUAUAUAUUCUAUAUAGUAUGUGGCCAAGUGUAUUUCAGUUCGAAUGAUCAUGCAGUCCCCGCAUUGCCUGACAAACAAGGACGACCGAGAAGAAGACUAAGACGAUGAGGAAGAAGACGAAGAUGUGGUGGAUGUGCCCGCCGAGUGAGUGUCCUUUUUGCCCCCCCCCAUAUGCCUAUCCCCAAAAUUGCCUUCGAUUGCACGUGUUAUCCUUGGACGCACAAAGAUCACAAAUCGAGUAAAGACUGUGCGUUCCAACAAUUA